UGUAGCAGGUUUGCUUAUCAGCCGCCGUCAGCUGGGAGGAGUUCAGUCCGGCGUGUCCACAGCCGAGCGACCACCGAGCACCUCCGUCCUGCAAACAUGGCACUGACCCGUCUGGAAAAGGCUCAGGUAUGGCUCUCCAAGGCGCUCAUGGGGGUCUUAUACAUGCUGUUUCGGCUUCUGUCCCCUCGUGGAGCAGAGGAGUCGUUGAAGAGGAAGCUGCCGGUCGUCAUCAACCCUCUGCUCGUCGUGUCAGCGACGCAGCUCGCGAGGAAGAUCCGGAGAAAAGAGGUGUCGAGUGUCCAGGUGGUGCGAGCUUACAUUGACAGGAUCCAGGAAGUCAACCCUUUUCUGAACGCCGUCACUAAAGACAGGUUCGACGCCGCCCUCCAGGAGGCGACGCAGGUCGACAAGCUGAUUGAGGAGGAAACUGGAGGAGAGGAGGUGCUGGAGGAUCGCCUGCCUUUACUGGGAGUCCCACUCUCUGUCAAAGAGUCCUUCGCCCUCCAGGGUAUGCCCUACACCGUAGGUUUGGUCUCCAGGAAAGGAGUCGUGGCCACCGUCGACGCUGCUCCGGUGGCCCAGCUGAAGCGAGCGGGUGCCAUCCCGAUGGGCGUCACCAACACCAGUGAGCUGUGCAUGUGGUGGGAGUCCAACAACCACCUCUACGGCAUCACCAACAACCCGUAUGACUUCGAGAGGAUAGCGGGAGGAAGUUCAGGUGGGGAGGGCAGCAUACUGGGAGGAGCAGGCGCAGUCAUUGGCAUUGGCUCAGACAUCGGCGGCAGCAUCCGCAUGCCCUGUUUCUUCAACGGAAUAUUUGGCCAUAAAACCACACCUGGUGUCGUGUCUAUUGAGAACCACUACCCUGCUUGCUCCGGCAGACAAGAAGAGUACUGCAGCAGUGGUCCCAUGUGCCGCUACGCCGAGGACCUGCUGCCAAUGCUGAGGAUCAUGGCGGGACCCAACGCUCACAUGUUGUCCUUAGACACAAAGGUUGACCUAAAGAAGCUGCGGUUCUUCACCAUCCCCCACGAUGGCGGCUCUGCAGCAACGUACCCGGUCAGCAAAGAGCUCAUAGAGAUUCAGAGGAAGGUGGUGGAGCGCCUGGAGGCCGACCUCGGAGUGAACGUCCAAGAAGUGCGUUUCCCUGAGCUCCGCUACGGCUUCCAGAUCUGGGACACCUACAUGGGUCUUCCUGACAAGGAGGGCAAGCCUCCGCAGCUGUUCGCUGAGCUGAUGGGGGAACCAGGACAACCCGCGUGGCCCGUUUGGGAGCUGCUGAAAUGGACGAUGGGAAAAUCAGAGCAUACCUUAGCUGCUAUCGGUUUGGCCCUGAUGGAGAUGCUCCGCGUUACCAAACCCUCCGCCUUCCUCAUGCAGCAGAAGGAGAAGCUGCAGAAGGAGAUGGACGAGCUGCUGGGCACCGACGGGGUUUUUCUUUACCCGUCUCACCCCAGGGUGGCUCCCAAACACCACCACCCGUUCUUCAGGCUCAGUGACUGCGCCUACACAGCUAUAAUCAACACCCUCGGGCUGCCGGUCACCCAGUGCCCUCUGGGUCUGGGCGAGGAGGGUCUGCCCCUGGGGGUGCAGGUCGGUGCCGGGAAGCUGCAGGACCGCCUGACCCUGGAGGUGGCUCUCUACCUGGAGAAGGCGUUCGGAGGCUGGAGGGACCCCGGGGCCAACUAAAAAAACAACCACCAUCACCAAACACUCAUAUGCCGACAGCCAUUACCAAACCUCCAGACCGGAGCCAGUUGGGACUGAGGAUUGUGGUAAUCUGUUACCUGCCUGGCUGCUUGCCGUAGUACACAAAGAGGCACAAUCAGAUUGCUGUUUAUAAUUUACUCUGUUCAGAGAAGACUGCAUCAUGAGCACAAGCUUUAAAGAAAAGAUUUUAUAUAUAAGUGGAAAUUGAGCGUAGACAUCAACACAAAACAAGGCUUUUUGUGACUGAAUAUCAUCAAUCUCACAUCUUAAUAUGGUGCUAGUGACUGUCAACUGAUCCUGUUGUUCUAACUAGACGUCCGCUCAGUGGAGCUGAUGUUUACCCGACUCCACAGACACUAAUCUAGAGAUCAAGUGUGGUCAGAAUAAUGAAACACCUGUGUAGCUGUGGAGGGUUUAACUAAGCAGGAACAACAGUAGACAGACGGUGGAAAAUGUUUCAACACGCCGACACAACCCUCGUGUUUUAAUGUGAACGCUGCAGAACGGCAGUUAAACAGUGGAGUCUGCUUUGUUUCAUUUCAUUAAAAAAAAGGUGUGAAUA